CUUUUGACAGCAAUUUAUCAUUUGAGCGCGGUGCGUGGGUGACUCAUCUGACAACGAAGCAGCUGAAGGAAGAAGAAUUGGAGCUUUCGGUUUGUUUUUUUGAUGACGAUGACGAUGAUGAGGGGUUGGAGAAGCUCUUCUCUCUCUUCUUUUUCUUCGGCUUUUGAUCAUCUUCGACAAUUGGGAUUGGGUAACCCUAGAUCUGCCACUUCUCUCUUUUAUUCCCAAAUCUCUUAUUUCUCCACUACCCAUUGCAAGAAGAAACCCAAGUAUGUGUUUGAUCAAAUUGAUGGUGCCUUAAACAAGUUUGAUCAGAUGCUACAUAUGCAUCCACGUCCUUCUAUUGUGGAAUUUAAUCAAUUAUUAGGGGCCAUUGUUAGAAUGAAGUAUUAUGAAACUGCGGUUACUCUGUUGAGAAAAAUGGAAUUACUAGGAAUUAAUCCUGAUGUUUAUACUCUCAGCAUUUUGGUAAAUUCUUUUUGCCGCUUGCAUCGUGUGGAUUUUGGGUUUUCGGUUUUGGGGAAGAUGUUGAAGUUGGGCAUUGAAUCAAAUACUAUAACACUCUCCACUUUGAUCAAUGGACUUUGCAUUGGAGGUAAAGUAGCUCAAGCUGUGAGGUUGUUUGAUGACAUGGUUCGAGAAGGGUAUCAGCCUGAUUUCAUCACUUAUAAUAUCAUAUUAAAUGGUCUUUGUAAAAUAGGUGACACUACUCGGGCUAUUCUAUUGCUAAGGACUAUGGAAGAAAUAGGUUUUGCUCCUGACAUUGCAACAUACAGCACUGUCAUCGGCAGCCUUUGUAAGGACAAGCAUGUUACCGAGGCUUUGAAGCUUUUCUCAGAAAUGAGAGGUAAAGGCAUUCCACCUAAUGUUGUCACUUAUAGUUCCUUAAUUCAUGCUAUGUGUAACUCAUGUCAGUGGAAGGAGGUUACAAGAUUAUUGAAUGAAAUGAUGGCAAACAACUGCAAACCUGAUGUCAUCACAUAUAAUAUUGUGGUUGAUGCCCUUUGUAAAGAGGGUAGGGUUUUAGAGGCUCAAAAUAUUUUUGAAAGAAUGAUUCAACAAGGAGUUGAGCCUGAUAUAGUUACUUAUAAUUCAUUGCUUGAUGGAUACUGUUUGCAAGGUGAAAUGGAUGCAGCUAGAAAAUUAUUCAAUUCAAUAACUAACAAGGGUUGUGUACCUGAUGUAUUUACUUACAGCAUCAUUAUCAAUGGAUAUUGUAAAGCUAAAAGGAUUGAUGAGGCAAUGGAACUCUUUCAUGAAAUGACUCGAAAUGGAUUAAUCCCUGAUGUUGUUACUUACAGCACUCUUAUAGGUGGCAUGUCACAGGUUGGGAGACUUGCAGCUGCACAAGAACUUUUCAAAGAAAUGAGUGCUCGUGAUCUAGUUCCAGACGUGAUCACUUACUCUACUUUGUUGGAUGGCUUAUGCAAGCGUGGUCAUUUUCAUGAGGCAUUGGGACUUUUUCAUGUAAUGCAGAAUAGUGGGUUAGAACCUAAUAUUGUCCACUAUUCUAUCUUAAUUGAUGGCUUGUGUCAAGUUGGGCAACUUAAAGUUGCAAGGAAAUUAUUUUGUGCACUCAAAGUCAAAGGGAUACACCCUAAUGUUUACACAUAUAGUAUAAUGAUCAGAGGACUUUGUAAAGAAGGGCUGCAGAAUGAAGCAUAUGAACUGUUUAGUAAAAUGGAAUUGGAUGGUUGCAUGCCGGAUAGUUGCUGUUAUAAUGUGAUGAUUACAGGAUUUCUUCGAAACAAUGACACAUCAAGGGGAGUACAAAUUCUUCAUGAAAUGGUUAACAAAGGAUUUUCUGCAAAUGCGUCUGUAGCAGCCUGGCUAGUGGAUCUAAUGUCUAGUGAUUCAACGGGUGAAUAUAUUCGUGCAGUAGUUCAGAAACUUUGAAGACUAUCAAAUGACACCACCUUAGGUGUUUGCCAUGAUGAUUUUAAUACCUUCUUUAGUGAGACUGGGUCUGGCAAGCAUGUGCCAAGGGCUAUAUUUGUUGAUCUAGAGUCCACUGUCAUUGAUGAGGUUGGAGGAGGGACUUACAGACAAAUCUUGCACUUGGAGCAACUUAUUUCUGGCAAGGAAGAUGCUGCUAAUAACUUUGCUAGCGGACAUUAUACAGUUGGUCAGGCAAUUGUGGAUCUUUGCCUUGACCAAGUGAGAAAAUUGGCUGAUAACUGCACUGGUUUCAAGGAUCUUUUGAAUUUAAUGCUGUUGGCAGUGGAACCAGUUUUGGCCUGGGCUCGUUGCUUUUGGAGCACUUGUCUGUAGAUUAUGGAAAGAAGUCAAAACUUGGCUUCUCCAUCUACCCUUCUCCUUAGGUUUCUACUGCUGUUGUGGGACCUUAUAAUAGCAUGCUCUCAACUCAUUCUCUACUUGAACACGAUGAUGCUGCUGUGCUUCUUGACAAUGAAGCUAUAUACGAUAUCUGUAGGAGAUCCUUAGACAUUGAAAGACCAACUUAUUGAAACUUGAACCGCUUGACAUCCCAAAUUAUCUCUUCGUUGACCACUUCAUUGAGGUUUGAGGGUGCCAUAAACAUGGACAUCGCAGAGUUUGGACAUUGCAGAGUUUCAGACUAACCUUGUGCCGUAUCCUUUUAUCCAUCCCAUGCUCUCAUCAUAUGCCCCAGUAAUCUCAGCUACAAAGGCUUACCGUGAGCAGCUAUCAGUUCCUGAGAUUACAAGUGCUGUUUUUCAACCAUCAAGCACGAUGGCUAAAUGUGAUCCAAGGCCUGGGAAGUACAUGGCAUGCUGUUUAAUGUACUAUGGAGAUGUUGUACCUAAGGAUGUCAAUGCUGCUGUUGCUACCAUCAAAACUAAGUGGACUGUUCAGUUAGUAUAUUGGUGCCCUACUGGUUUCAAGUGUGGUAUCAACUAUCAGCCACCCACUGUGGUACCAGUGGGUGAUCUCGCCAAGGUACAACGUGCAGCAUGUAUGAUCAGCCACCCACUGUGUAUGAUUGGCAGAGGUUUUCUCCCGUAUGCCAAGAGAGCAUUUGUUCACUGGUAUGUAGGUGAAGGAAUGGAGGAAAGUGAAUUCUCAUAAGCCUGUGAAGAUCUUGCUGCUCUCGAGAAAGACUAUGAGGAAGUUGGCGUAGAA